AUGGGGCUCUGCCAAUCAUGCCUCGGAGGGCGGCAGAAGGAUGUGUACGAUGAGACUGAAGAGAAUCGCCUGCUGUACGACGAUGGAAACGGCAUGCAGUACGGCAGCUUCGGCGACGGCGCGCUCAACGGAGAAGGCGAUAAUGCCGAGGCGCAGCGAGAGAAUGAGGCUCUGCAGCGAGUAGUUGCCAAGACAUCCAACAACAUGGUCGACAUAUUCGAGAUCGCUCCCCAAGACUCCACCGGCCGCAAAGCCACAACAACGCUCUUCGCCUACGCUGGCCAAGGUGCCCGUGUCGCUCGUUACCACCACCUUGUAUCGAAACUUAGCACGCAGGAGGACAGUCCGCCAGCCGACAUCAAAGUCGACUGGCUUGCCGACGAAGAUACGACCGAGAUACAUGGCAACCGUCCGGCCAGCUCCAGAUCGAUCGGAGAAGACGAUGCAGCCCUUGUUGGGACCUUUGCAGAUGCGGCCGCGGCCAUGAAAUAA